AUGUCUCCACACAAAGAAGAGCCGCCUGUUCCAUGGUCGACAGACACCGAUGUCCAACCAACCAAGUACAAUGGAAGACCUCGCAACGUCGACGCCAUCGACGCGAUUAGAUACGCAGAAAACCUCCAGCCUCCGCAGUACGACAUUUACGGUACCCACGAAGAUUCGAAGAUUUUGUUCCUUGACGUGAACAUUCUGGACUCUACCGGGGCGGAGCCUUAUCCAGGUGACGUUCUGGUUGAAGGGGAGAAGUUUGUAGCAGUCGGCAACGUACCCAACGUCGAUGCUUUGUGCAGCGAUCCAAAAGUUCGUGUAGUUCACGGCAGAGGCCGAACAUUGAUGUCUGGCUUGGGUGAUGCCCAUACACACUUCACUUGGAAUGGAGGCGACCUCGACCGGCUCGGCGACCUCGGGGUGGAAGAGCACACCUUACUCACUAUGAGGAGCGCACAGUGCUUCCUGGAUUCCGGCUAUACCAUGUGCUUCGGGGCUGCCUCAGCGAAGAAACGCCUGGAUGUCGUUAUACGGGAUGCGAUCAACGCAGGGGACAUCCCGGGGCCAAGGUAUUUGGCUAACGGACAGGAGAUGGCAAGAACGGAUGGCGAACUCGUUGGCGGCAUCACCGCGUUUGCUGACGGGCCUGACGAGAUGCGUCAAGUGAUCCGUGAACACGUUGAGCUAGGCGUUGACAACAUCAAGCUGAGCAUGUCAGGCGAAGAAGUAGGUCGAUGA